GUUGAAGUCAAUCGACGACGCUGAACGCCCGCCAACUGAACCAACUGUUCACUAAACAUCCAAACUUCAAAUCCUAAACUCAAAUUGCGAUCGUCAAGCGCUGUGAGUCAUGGCGUCGUCCUUCCCGUCGUCCUUGCCGCCGCGCGUGCCGUCCACCGCCUCCACUUUGCACGUGACGGCGUCCGACAUCAGUCUAUUUAGUCGCUCGGACGACGAGGCCGCCAGCGCGGAGGAAGACGACGAGAUGAUCGUCGAGGACGAGCAGCUGGCGGUGCGGACACUGGCCAGCGAGCAGCAAGAGGGUGACGAGGGCGAGACGCUGGGUCAGGAGCUGCUGGAGGCGCUGCGUCUAGGCACGAGUAACUUCCUACUGGCCUACAACACACGUGCAGGGAUUGCGGCCUUGCUGCGUCUGCUUAAGUUGCUGCAGCGACGCGAGUGGAGGGCUGCGGUGGAUCUGCGGCAGUUAUUGGACGAGAAGCACCUCAAUUUCCGGGUGGAUGCAGUGCGGCUAGGCCUGUUCUUAGGCUGGUUCACAGGCGGAUACAGAGGUCUGAGAGCUCUACUGCCCGUGAUUCUACGGCGAAUUCUACCCAGGAAACAUCUUCAAGACAAGAAGAAGCUUAAGGAGAUCUCAGCCCUUGGGUCUGGAGCCAUUGCAGCCCUGGCGCUCGGUUUUGUGGACACAAAGCGACGUCGAUCUUUGGCAUUGUAUGCGCUUACGAGAGCGCUGCAGUGCGGCUACAACACGGCCAAGAGACUGGAACGCUGGCACUUCUGGGGCAGUGACUGGCAGUAUGGCGACGCGCUGCUGUUUGCACUCUCAAGUGCGCAGGUCAUGUACGCGUACGUCAUGAGACCAACGACCCUGCCCUCUGAAUAUUUCAGGUUUAUCCAGAGAACAGGCCCAGUAGAACUGGAGACGCUGGAACUGGUGCAGCAAGUGAACCGAAGCCUUCCAGUUAGCGCUGCUACUCUUCAGAAACUGAUCAAUCGGAAGCCAGGGAUUCCGAAGGACUUCCCGUUGCCGACGGAUAUCGUGCCGUGCAGACUUGUGCAUGCCAAUGCUGACUCAUGUGCGGUAGGAGCACUGCUGUGCUUCAAGCGUGCCUUCCAAAAGACCUUUCCGCUGUAUCUAUCACUCUUCAUUGUACCAGGCGUGGUCAUCCAUUUCAAGCGCUUCUUGCGUGCACCUUUUCGCACUCUAGCACGCUCGACGUUGAACGCGACACGAUCCAAUUGCUUCCUAGCGUCUUUCGUGACGCUCUAUUUGUCACUUGUGUGCAUGCACCGCCGUGUGGUGACCAAAGACCACCGAUUCAUCUAUUAUUUGGCCGGAUUGGGAGCCUCGACGACAAUUCUUAUGGAGCCAAAAAGCCGACGCUCUGAGCUGGCGUUGUACGUGCUGCCUCGUGCUCUCGACAGCUUGGCGAUGAUUCUGCACGACCGAGGAGUCUGCUCUGGCUUCAAAUACGGCGAAGUCGCCCUCUUCUCGGCCUCAAUGUCCGUAAUGAUGUACUGUUACGAGCACGAGAAGGAGUCCAUGAGUCCGUUCCUGUACAGCACCAUGAAGCGCUUCAUGCAGACCUCAACGGACAAGAAGCAACAGUACGUGGCCUCUCUCGAGCAGAAAGAGAGACGCCUCUCGCAGUCGAUUCCAAUGGCUCCUGCUUCUACAUCCGUUUGAAGCGGGUUGGUUGGAUACCCCUCCAUGUUUAUAUUCUCAUAUGGCUUGCGCGUCUUGAAGCAGCAGUACUUUAAUAGUGCAGCUCCGUUAAAUGGAUACUUCGAAGUAAAAAAGAGAACGGACGAUAGCUGCGUCUGUGCUACUGUUUGUUGUCUUUUUUCCGAGCCUCUCCAC